UAGAGAACCAACAUGAUGCUAGCAACAGCCAAAGCGAGUGGGGCUGCUCGGCCUACAGUGGCAGCACAGCAGCCGACUGGGGGAGGCGGGCAGCCGGGCGUGUGGGCGGGUAUGCCCUCGCAGAGCACUAUGAUCGUAGGCGGCUUGACGAUGGGGGCGACGGCGAUGGCGGCGUAUACGGUGUACCGGACGGCCAAGAAGCGGGCGCUGACGCUGCCGCAGGUGCGCUCUAAGCUGCGGCAGGUGUACGUUGCGGCGGGGGUGACCGGAGCCUGCCUGGCUGCGCCGAUGGUCAUCACCCAUCUGACGUCUGCGGCGACGAUGACCGCCAUCUACGGCACCAUCUUCUCCUCGCGCUACUCGUUUGCAGCGUUUGGCUCCGCUGUUGCGUCUGCGACACUCGGCGCCUUCUUUCUUCCCACGUACGAGGUCGGGCACGCGAGCGCCGAUGGCCUGAGUGGCGAACCGGCACCCCACGAGCCCGAAAGCGCCUACGGGCGUGGGCAGAACAAGCAGGCAGUCAUUGAGCGGCCAAUCAAGGUCUUUUCCAAGAUCAAGCUCGCGUCGUGGCUGCUGGCGUCGAUCGGCGGCGGCCUGCUGCUCGCGCCGCUCGGCGGGCUCUCGACCUCGCUGCUGGCUACCUCGGCGGGCUACUCGGUCGGUCUCUCGAUCGCGGCGCACACGACGGCGUACAUGGCAGCGAGUACGACUGGUUUUAUUGUCACCGCCCCGCUGACAAUGACGGCCACUGCGUUGGGCAUGCACGCAUUUCUGGAGGCGUUGCGGUACCCAUUCGUGACGGUCCUUCUGCCGACGGUGGCGUCCUGCGGUGUACUCAUCGGGCUCGACGCGCUGGCACUGCUCAACACGGUGGCGGAGGAUCCCGACGAGGCUGAUCCCGUCCAUCUUGGCAUGCGGACUGCAGGCGUCGCCACCUUUGCCUUUCUCCGCAUCCUCUACAAGCUGUACAAGAUGUACCGGACCACGGCACGGAUGACGAACAAGGCCAUUGGCGUGGCCCGGCGGCGGUAGAGGGUACAGGCUCUCGCGGGGAGUGGGGGAAAGGGAAAUGAAUGGCACUGCCGAUCAC